CAGCCAAUCAGGGCCGGAGAAUCAGUCAAAGCAGGAAGUCGUCACCGCUGGCAGAGCAGUAUUCCCGCGAAGAUUGAGACCUCUCAGUAGGUGAAUUACUGUUUGUUUCCCGUCGCAGCAACAUGAGCAAGAGGAAGUCAAAAGAUGCUCAUUUGCCAGUAGGAGAAUGCAUUACACAGCUUCAGGAGAUUUUGAGGAAGCGGCUUUGCCAUCAGCAGCUCCCCGACAGGCCGGAGGGAGUGGAAGCUCAGCACAAACACCUCCUGGAGCUGCUGAAGCGGACGGCCGUCCACGGGGAGAGUAACUCUGUGCUAAUCGUGGGUCCCAGAGGGGCAGGAAAAACAAUGCUGCUGAAGUGUGUGCUGAGAGACCUGCUGGAGGAAACAGAAGCACAAACAAACCUGCUACAGGUUCAUCUCAAUGGUCUCCUGCAGACGAACGACAGAAUAGCGCUACAAGAAAUAACGCGGCAGCUCCACCUGGAAAACGUCGUCGGUGACAAAGUGUUUGGAAGUUUUGCAGAGAAUCUGGCUUUCUUGCUGGAGGCAUUGAAGAAAGGGGAUCGCAGCAGCAGCCGCCCGGUGUUGUUCGUCCUGGAUGAGUUCGACCUGUUUGCGCACCACAAGAACCAGACUCUGCUCUACAACCUGUUGGACGUCUCCCAGUCGGCCCAGGCUCCCAUCGCUGUGGUCGGCACCACCUGCAGACUGGACGUCCUGGAGCUGCUGGAGAAGCGGGUGAAGUCGCGGUUUUCCCACCGUCAGAUCCACCUGCUGAACAACCCGACGUUCACUCAGUACCUGGAGCGGGUGCAAACCCAACUCAGCCUGUCGGACGACUUCCCGGACAACAAGUUCUCUCGGGACUGGAACGCCAGCAUCGAGACUCUGUGUGAAGACAAAUCAGUGGCGGAGGUUUUACAGAGACACUUCAACUCCAGCAAGGACUUCCGGUCAAUGCACAUGCUGCUGAUGUUGUGCCUGAGUCGCGUGUCUGCAGCCAAACCUGCCAUCAGACCUGCAGACCUGCUGGAGGCCAGCAAAAUGUGUUUUGCCGACGCCAAGGCGAAUAUGCUCCACGGUCUGUCCAUCCUGGAGUUGUGCCUGAUCAUCGCCAUGAAACACCUCAACGACGUGUACGAAGGAGAGCCGUUCAAUCUGCAAAUGGUUCACAACGAGUUCAAGAAGUUCCUGCAGAGGAAGUCAAACUCCAUGUACAACUUUGAGCAGCCGGUCAUCAUGAAGGCCUUCGAGCACCUGCAGCAGCUGGAGAUGAUCCGGCCGGUCGACAGCUCCGUGGUUAAAACUCAGAGGGAAUACCGGCUGAUGAGGCUCAUGCUGGACCACAGUCAGGUCAUGGAGGCCCUGCAGAAGUACCCACAAUGCCCCACUGACGUCAAGCAGUGGGCCAUGUCGGCGUUCGGCUAGGACGACAUACGUUUGGACUUUAUGUAAAUGUGCUUUCAGAAUAAGAAAAUCACCAGGAGACGAGCGCUACGGCUCAAACCAAGGACCAACAUUAAAAACAUGGCUGCCAGUAUGUCAACACUGUCUGCAAAGAUAACAUUUGUUGUGUGAAUGAUGAUCUGAAAUUAAAAGAAUGUUUUAUAUUUCA